UAAAUUUUAUAUGUAUCAUGAAUAAUGCUGGGUCAAGUGUGAGGCUGGGCGCUCAAAAACCGGGUUAAACCCCCAAUGCUUGGAAUUGACCGUUCCAAGGCGGUGACUUCAGCUUUAUUCUUCUAUGUCAGUAUGCGGUUUGACUAGAUACCGAAAACAAGCUACAGCAGAGGAACUGCAAGUCUGGUAUGGAGAUGACUACGCCAGAGAACUUCGCCUUGUCAGAGACAAAAACUUGCUCUUCAGACCUAAAUAUAUCAAUGGAGAAGAAAUGUUCUAAUGACUGUUCUGCAAGACAGUACAAUUGUGAGGUGUGUGGUUAUGCAUGUAACGAGAAUAGUUCCUUGAAGAAACACAUGCUGAUACAUACAGGAGAAAGACCGUACAAGUGUGAGGCGUGUGGUAAAGCAUUUUACAAGAUUGGUUAUUUGAAGAAGCACAUGAAGAUACAUAGAGAGAAACUGAACAUAUGUGAUGUGUGUGGUUAUGCAUGUAUCCGUAGUAGUGACUUGAAGACACACAUGAUGAUACAUACAAGAGAGAGACCAUACAAGUGUGAGGAGUGUGGUUAUGCAUGUUACCAUAGCAGUAUAUUUACGAUACACAUGAGGAUACAUACAGGAGAGAGACCAUACAAGUGUGAGGUGUGUGGUUAUGCAUGUAACCAGAGUGGUUCUUUGAAGACACACAUGAGGAUACAUACAGGAGAAAGACCGUACAAGUGUGAGGUGUGUGGUUAUGCAUGUAACGAAAGUCGUAACUUGAAACAACACAUAAGGAUACAUACAGGAGAGAGACCGUACAAGUGUGAGGUGUGUGGUUAUGCAUUUAAAAAUAGUGGUACCUUGAAGACACACAUGAGGAUACAUACAGGAGAGAGACAUUUCAAGUGUGAGAUGUGUAGUUAUGUCUGCAACCAGAAUAGUAACUUGAAGAGACACAUUAUGAUACAUACAGGAGAAAGACCGUACAAGUGUGAGGUGUGUGGUUAUGCAUGUAUUGAGAGUGGCACCUUGAAGAAACACAUGAAGAUUCAUAAUGGAGAGAGACCGUACAAGUGUGAGGUGUGUGAUUAUGCAUUUAACCAUAGUGGUAACUUGAAGACACACAUGAGGAUACAUACAGGAGAGAGACUGUAAAAGACUGUACAAGGUGAGGUGUGUGUUUAUGCAUGUAACUGGAUUGGUCACAUGAAGAAACACACAGAAUAAAGACUGUACAAGUGUGACGUGUAUUACAGUAAUGUGGUAAAGCAUUUAACCGGAGUGGCACUUCAUGGUAAAUUGUUUAAUCAGUAUGUUUAAGUAUAAAUUUAAGCUAAUGUGAAUUAAAACUCUGUUAUAUCACACAAUUCUCUUGGUGAGCUUUUAAGAUCGCUGUUUUCUGAAGUUGUUUCACGUCUGUCGUUAAAAUUUACCUUGUUAACACUCUACAGGCGACAUUUGUUUUCCAAAUGUCUUGAAACUUGUGCUGCUGAUUAGUUUCAAUGAUAUCUUGGUGGAGUUUGUAACUGGGUCACGUUUGGGGUCAAAAACAAAAGUCACCAGGUCAAAUUAAAGAAAAAGCUUGUUUAUGUUCACACUCUAGAAGUCACAUUUAUAGUCAAGUCAUCAUAUCUGAGUCCCAAAAUGGUUUCUAUUCAUUUAAAAAACAUGGCCGCCAAGGGGCAGAGCAGUUUUCCUUAUAUUACUGUAGAAAAACUCACAUUUUAAGUCAAAUAUUCUAAGUUUAUGAAACUUAGUCCGAAUGUGUUUUCGAAUAUCUCAGCUAAGUUCAAAAAUAGUUCAGAUGUGUUGAAAAGGAGAAUGAGACGGACGAGUAGAUAUGGCUGGAAAAGGCCUUUCCAAUCUUCAUGAAACUUUGUUAGAACAUUUGUCCCAAUUAACUUUCCGAGUUUCGGCUGAGUUAGAGCCUGUGUCAUGUAGAUUAAAAACAAGUUCACUUAGUCAAAUUAAAAAAAUCUUGUUUAACCUAUAGAGGUCCAUUGUUUUGUACAGUCUUCCUGAAACUUGAUUAAAGCAUUUGUUUUAAUUAUAUAUCAGCUGAGUUCAAAUAUAAAAUUGUGCCUAUAGAUUAAACAUUUAUAUUUCCAGUGUUGUUUCAGUCAAAUUUGGGGGCUGCAAUAUGACCCCUUCCAGACCUUAAAAAGUAUACAAUUUCCCCAAAUAACUGCCUUGAAUUUCAAUUUGAAGGUUUCAAAAUUAUUUUUAAUUGAAACAUUCAGUUUAUCCCAAUAUCCAGCUUUAAUUAUGAGUUCAACCAUCUCAUAAAUAAUGUUUAUAAUUACAAACUCUUGUUUUCUUAAUAACACAAACAAUUCCAACUCCAUUUCCAAUUUUUUAUCAAAAUGUAGCUAAUUCACAAAAUAAAAAAUACUGGAUUCAUAACGUACUUUUUUAACUCCACUAUAUAUCUUAGUGAUUUCAUCAAUGGGUGUUUCAUAAAUUUCAUGUAUUGCUUAUUAUGCAUCAAAAUGUUGUAUUGUAUUUAAGCUGUCAUUUUCUCCAAUUUUAUAGAGGAACCGAACAAUGUUUACCUAAUAAAUUGAGCAUUGUCAUGCGAAAAUGGGUCUAAUGCCAUUUUCCUCCAGCAUACAUGUGGCUCCAGACCAGGAUCUACCCAGUCAGGCAAGGUAUCGUAGUCUCUUUAAUGACAGGGUCACUACUGACUAAACUGGGCCUAUGAGAAGGCUUGUCCGGAGCUACGCUGGCCACAUAUAGCUUAACUUUAGCUGACAGGGUAGCUCCUGACUAAACUGGGCCUGUGAGAAGGCUUGUCAUGGUAGCUCAUGACUAAACUGGGCCUGUGAGAAGGCUUGUCAUGGUAGCUACUGACUAAACUGGGCCUAUGAGAAGGCUUGUCUGGAGCUACGCUGGCCACAUAUAGCUUAACUUUAGCUGAAGGGUAGCUCCUGACUAAACUGGACCUUUGAGAAGGCUCGUCAUGGUAGCUACUGACUAAACUGGGCCAAUGAGAAGGCUUGUCUGGAGCUACGCUGGCCACAUAUAGCUUAACUUUAGCUGAAGGGUAGCUCCUGACUAAACUGGACCUGUGAGAAGGCUUGUCGUGGUAGCUACUGACUAAACUGGGCCUAUGAGAAGGCUUGUCUGGAGCUACGCUGGCCACAUAUAGCUUAACUUUAGCUGACAGGGUAGCUACUGACUAAACUGGGCCUGUGAGAAGGCUUGUCUGGAGCUACGCUGGCCACAUAUAGCUUAACUUUAGCUGACAGGGUAGCUCCUGACUAAACUGGGCCUAUGAGAAGGCUUGUCAUGGUAGCUCAUGACUAAACUGGGCCUGUGAGAAGGCUUGUCAUGGUAGCUCAUGACUAAACUGGGCCUGUGAGAAGGCUUGUCUGAAGCUAUGCUGGCCACACAUAGCUUAACUUAAGCUGACAGGGUAGUUCCUGACUAAACUGGGCCUAUGAGAAGGCUUGUCAAGGUAGCUCCUGACUUAACUGGGCCUAUGAGAAGGCUUGUCUGGAGCUACGCUGGCCACAUAUAGCUUAAUUUUAACUGACAGGGUAGCUCCUGACUAAACUGGGCCUAUGAGAAGGCUUGUCUGGAGCUACACUGGCCACACAUAGCUUAACUUUAGCUGACAGUGUAGCUCCUGACUAAACUGGGCCUAUGAGAAGGCUUGUCUGGAGCUACGCUGGCCACAUAUAGCUUAACUUUAGCUGACAGGGUAGCUCCUGACUAAACUGGGCCUGUGAGAAGGAUUGUCAAGGUAGCUCCUGACUAAACUGGGCCUGUGAGAAGGCUUGUCAAGGUAGCUCCUGACUAAACUGGGCAUAUGAGAAGGCUUGUCUGGAGCUACGCUGACCACAUAGAGCUUAAGACCCGUUUUCUCAUGACGCCGCUCAUUUUAACUAGAAAAUGCGUUCAAUAUGCUGUAAAUGUAAUCUACUAGGUGCUUUUAGUGUUGCACGUGUGUUAGAAGUGUUUUAAAAAUGUUCGAAGUUCUGACUGUUAGUAAGAAAUGUUAUCAUCUUGAACUAUGUAAAAUGUUUUAGUAUUGGUAUAAUGUUUGUUAUUUUAUUUUUUCCUAUGUUAUUGUUGUUUGUUCCUAAAAUGAAAAAUGUUCUUAAAGCUUAAUAAAAGCUUAGUAAAACCA